CCGCCCUCCCCGCACCGGCCCCAUCGGCAGCGGCGAGUGGCGCUUUUAAAGGACCUGAGCUGGGAAAUCUCUUGUUUAAGCCAUACCCUUCAGGUUUGUGUGGGAUUGAUGUUUUGUUUGGCAAACCUAAACUCCGUGAAGAAGGCUGCUUGCGUCUGCCAGUGCCUCUGCCAGUGAACAUCCAGGUCAGAGGCUGCAUGUUCUUGUCCUGCACAGCCUGUGGUAGCUUCCUGCUGUGCUGUGUUAGUGGCUGUGAGAAGAACAGGCUCUCUCUAUAGACUUGAACAGUAACAAAAAUCCCAGCCUUCACCAUGAGAGAUACCCAGCACAUUGGAUUCAUGGUACUUGUGUACCUCUGUUUUUCCAAGAGUGCUGCUCAAAAUCUCAUAAAACCCAUCAGAGGCCAGGAAACUGAGCACACCCUCCUGAUCAACGAAGUCAAUGCUGACAGCCCAGGAUUGGACACUGCUGAAUUUGUGGAGCUCUAUCACACCAGUGGGCAAACAGCCCACCUGGAUGGCUAUUACCUGGUCUUGUACAAUGGCAACGGGAACCGAGCAUACAAAGUGCUGAACUUCCGGAGCAAAGUCACCAACAGCCAAGGGUUCUUUCUCAUUGGCUCCUCUUCCCUGAACCCUGCCGUGGUUAUCCCUAAGAACACCAUCCAGAACGGCCCUGAUGCCAUUGCUCUCUACUAUGGAAAAGGGAACUACAUAACGGGCAUGAACGUCACGAGCUAUGGACUGGUAGAUGCCCUGGUCCAUAAGACUAAGAAGACAGAUAGAGCAGACACUCUUGUCAAGGUGCUGACCCCUGGCAGAGAGGCUUUCCUGGAGGACUCCACCUUCAGGGCUGUGGAUGUGUCAAUAGAGAGGUGCCGUGGGGCAGAUUCACAGUGGAUCUUCCAAGUGGCUGUGCCCACACCAGGCACAGACAACCACUGUAUCCUGACUCCUGAGCUGAACUCAUCUGCUGUCCUGAUCAGUGAGGUCCUUCCUUCUGCUCAGUCUGGCGAGUUUGAGUUCAUAGAGCUCCAGGGGCCCCACUCCACUGUGCUGAGGGACAUUGUCCUGGUGCUGAUGGAUGGUCGGACCAAAGAUAUCUAUUUCACUAUGGAUGUCUAUGGUCAAACCUCCCUAAAUGGACUCCUCCUGAUUGGCCCAGCACACAGCAAAGCCCCAGUGGACCUGCCAUUCCCAAAGAACAUCACCCAUCCUGUCCUCAGAUGUGGCCCCACUGCCAUUGCCCUCUACAGAGGCCACAGCAGCAGUUUUGUGCCAGGGAAGAUGCUGCUGGAGACCAGCCUGCUGGAUGCCUUUGUGUACACGAGCAAUGAGGAGCCGGACCUGGAGCUGCUGCAGACCCUGACCCCUGGCAGACCUGCCUUUCUGGAAAAGUGGCAUCAGUCAGGAGAUGUGUCUAUGAGCCAGUGCAACUGCUGUUCUGUGACCCGGGAUUCCACAACCUUCAUUUUCAGCAGGCCCACCCCUGGAACAUUCAAUGACUGUCCCAGCAAACGUUUCAGCCAGACUCUCUCCUUCUGCCUCUAUGUAGCAGAUUGCCAGGAGUGGCUUCUGAAGCAGGAGGAUAUUCUGCUGACUCUGGUCCAGGCCCUCGAUGCAUCCAGCAGUGUUGGAGUUUCUGCUGCCUACUUCAGAGAGCCAAAUGCAACCUGCCAGGACCUGGGGCUUGUGUUCACCACUCUGCUGACCGCCAGGUCAGAGGAGCAGCUGAACAGCAUUCUGCUGGCCUUCAAUACCUUCCUGGAGACACCCAGAGUUGUGAACUUUGAUGGAAGGAACAUCACAGCAGAAAGGUCCUGCCUCAGAGAUAUGAAUGUGCUGAACUUGCCUCCAGGUGUCCCAUUAGAGAUACCAGAAGGGACUCCAGGGCCUUCUGUGCAACUGGCCAAGGUGACCAGGGUGACACCGCUGAGGGAGAACUUCUGCAGCAGCUCCACAGUGCCAAACCCUCCUGCCGUCCGCAUCAGUGAGCUGUGCCUGGCCAGCGGGCCUGCCCACAACUGCUUCGUGGAGCUGGAGGGGAAGCCUGGCACCAGCCUCAGAGGGCUCAGCUUGGUCUUCUUCUCAGGGAAGGAGGGGAAGGCAUAUGCCAAUAUCCCUUUGCAGGGCACUUUUGGAGCCACAGGGCUGUUGGUGUUUGUGCUGGAUGGAGAACAUGGGCAUGAUGGGACAAACCUGACCUUCAAGAACAUCUCUACUACUAGUGAAGGCUCCAGCACUAUUGCUGUGUACAGCACCAGUGGGAUUCCUGCUGGCGGGAAGGCAAUGCCAGAGAACUUGGUGGAUGCCUUGGUUUACACAUGUGAGCCUGGCACAGCUGAAGGACACUUGGGCUUCCUUGGGCUAUCUUACACUGUGCCCUGCAAGGGUGACAGGCCCAUGUCCCUGAGCCGCUGUGGCAAUGCCAGCACAGGACUGCAGUUUGCCCUCUCGGAGCCCUCACCCAGCCUGCCGAACAGCUGUCCCCAGCACGCCUUCACCAUGGAUCUCCACCUCUGCUUCCUCACACCCAACUGUUCCAUGUGGACCCCACACCACAGGAGGAUGCUCGAAAGUUUGGGAAGGGUCUUGGUGAACUCCUUGGAGGGGGAGCACUCCUGCAGGGUCUCUGACCUCUACCUGCAAGAGCUUAACCUGACAUGUGUGGGCUCACUGGUGAAAGUCUGGGGCCAGGUGUGGGCUCAGCAGCCAGAGCAGGAGCAGUCCAUCAAAACCUGCCUCCAGGGAUUCCUGGCCAGCUCCCAUCCCUUCUCCGUGGAUGGGAGAGUUCUGAAAACCAGUCCUGAGUGUGUCACCCCUAAAAAUAUGCCAUUCACAUCACACAGUGGUGCUUCCUUCCAGGGCUGGGAGAUUGCCCUGUUUGUCAUGGGAUCUCUCCUGCUUCUGUUACUGUUGGUUGGCCUGGCUUUUCAUUUCAUCAAAAGACGUCCCCAAAAUUACACCAACAUCGAAAUGAAUGACUUCAGGCAGAUGGCAGCAGACUUCUAGUGCUCCUGGGCACAGCUGGGUCUGACAGCCCUGAGGCCAGCAAUGUGUCUCAGGGGAGCAGAGGAGGUGUCCAGCACCAGGGCUGCUGCACAGAUCUGCCCCAUUCAUGUACGUCUGUGUGUGUCUGUACAGCUGUGUGUGUGUGUGUCUGUGUACAAACACCUGAAUUGGUUUUUACCUGUUGGGAAGGAUGAAGUAGAAAGACCUUGCAAAUAUGGUGGUUUAGAUUCUGGGAGUAUGAGAUCAAUAGGCGAUAUAGAAAUGAAAGCAAGCUUUGAGAUUUAGGGUGUGGGGUACCAGGCCAUCAGCUAGUGAACAAUGGUGUGCCAAGCUGAGGGCCAUCUCCCUUGAUUAAACAAUACCCUUCUGCUUGCCUUAGGUAAUGGGACAGUUCUAUUGGCUGUAUGUAAAUGUUGUUAUCUUGAUUGGUUGGUCCAACACAGACUAUUCAACCUGGAGAGAUAUUUAUUGUACGGUAUUCAGAACCUCCUCCUCUUUUCCUGCUCUCCUGGCCUGCUUUAGCUGUGCCUAGCAGCUACAAGCAGGGCCCCCACAAUAAACCACGUGCUACUACAGUUGCUUUGCUUAUAGAGAUACUUUGUCGCCGACUCUGCCGUCACAGAGAAGCUCCUACAUUUACCCUUCUUAAUUUUGACCUUGGACUUAAGGAGACCUCAGAAACAGGCUGAGGACUUCUCA